AUGGACUACAUACUCGACAACGUGGGCGAGUGGAAGAACCGCUUGGUCAACAACUCCAUCAAGUCCUUCGAAGACAUGACCGCUCAGCGCUGGGUCCGCAUUAUCGCUAUUGUCGGCGCAUACCUCCUCAUACGGCCAUACCUACUCAACGCCGCUGCCAAGAAGCAGAAACAACAGCUAGAGAAGGAAGCUGAAGAUCUGGGCCUGGGCAAGAGCGAGGCACUAGAUGCGAACGACUUCAGGGACAUGCCGUUGCGCUACGCUUUCCUAAGGACCAGAGGCUCGACUGCUGAGCGAUUCUUCCCAUUUAGUAUGGGUGAAGAGCUGAAGAUACACUUGAGAUUCGUCCAAGGAAUUUAUGUUCAACGUAGUGCACCCAAAGCAUAUCAUUCUGAUACAAGCGAGGAGCUUGUGAACUAA